GAAAAACCAUAGCCAAAACAUAAACAGUCAAUUCCCAACAUCAAAAUAUAUCAAAAAGAAAGCAACAUAAACAAUGGCCACUCAGAAGUUUUCAUAUUUUCUCUUAGUUUUGUUGAUGGUGUUUGCUCUCAUCCUUCCAUCAAUAAUUUCAGUCGAAGUCAUACCCUGUAUAGCGGGAUCAAAAUGUACAAACGAUAUGACAUACAACGAACUUUGUAGAUUUAAAGGAUUCAGCAAAGGAGGGUUUUGUCAAAAAUAUGUUCACCAAACGAUCGGUCGGUGUUGCUGCCAUCCUACAGGUUUGGAAUCUCAAGAGUCUUCCAUAUCCGGUGAUACCAAUGUAGUCAUUACUAAUUAAUUCCUCAUUUUAUGUAUUCUCUAUUAUCAGAAUAAAAUGAUACAUGAAUAUGAAAUCCAAAUGCAC